CGUAUAAAAUCCUUUGCUGACCAGAACAGUUCGACAUUAGCACUUCGAACGAAGACGAACAAACUGGACAACCAUGAGGUCCUUACUGAUUACUGUAGCACUACUUUGCGGGCUGAGUGUAAUUCUUGCUGAUCGCCCCAAAACAAAAGCGGUUAUUGAACAAAUAAAUGAAUUGCGUCCGCGAUACAGAGAGAUUCAGGAUUUCGUGAUUGAAACCCUCAGUGAUGCUCGAUUGAACACAUCGGCAAAAAUCAAUAUCUUCCAUCAGGAUAUUUUGCUGGUAAAGGAAACGUUCGUCCUCGACGCUAUCCUCAAGGAAGAAAUUCUUCUCUACCAGAUUAACAACCAACCGGCUGAGGUAGACAGAUCGUGUCUUGCAUUCGUUCAAACUUUAUCCGACAGUAUCAUCAAUUUGGCAGGUGCAGGAUUUUCAAACUGUGUCUCCGAUGUUAGCAACGUCUUGAAUGACGAAGUGGCAAAAUUCUACACCCUUCUGCAGAAGGAUGAAACUGAUUAUGUUGGACUCGGUCUGUUGGAUGUAUUCAAGGGGGAAAACAUUUUCAGUGGACCCGAUAGUAUUCUGGAAAAAUUGGCUUUGAAGGCUAGUUAUCUUGAAGAAAACCCUCUACAUCUGUUCGAAGAAUUGUAUGUAGCUGUUACCUCAUUUGGAAGCACCCUUGAUGAAUUGGAAUCCGCGUAUAUCGUUUGCAUGACCGAUAGUGAACAAAGAUUGAAGGGAGGCUUUCAGUUGUGCCGGGAUCACAUGUUGGUUACUUGUCGUUCAGUGGAGGUUCCUGGGGGUAUAACAACGGAACCUCCCGCUCCUGAGACAGAGCCGGAAGUGGAACCGGAGACUUCUGAACCACUUCCACCCGAAUCUGAGGUAGGCAAUGAACAUGAGCCGGCUGCUCACACGUCUGAAAUCCUCAAGGCAUUCCGUGAGCGAUUUGGUCUGAAUUAGCGAGACUGACUAAUGCGAGAGUUUUGAUCGAAACUACGUCUACUGUAUACAAUUAUACAUACUCUUUACUGUAAGUUAAGCAUACAAUAAAACUGGAGACGCACCGAAUCAGAAGUGUUCUUUGUUUCAACGUGAA